AUGCCCAAUGUGGGACUCACUAUAAAUGCUCGCUUCUCCUUCUUUAGAUCUUUGCCUCAAACACCAUUCUCCGUUUCCAAGAACACCAAACUCAAAACACUAAUUUUCUUCUUCGUCAUCACCGUAACCAUGUCAAUGGCAACUUCUCCUCACACCGCUCUCUUCCAAACCCGCACCACCCCUUUCCGCCUCUCUUCCCCUCGCCCCACCUCCUUCAAACCAACAACAGUCAAAUGCACCACCCAGCUCCACACCCAACCCCCACCCCUCACCCACGCCCAAGAUCGCGUCUUCAACUUCGCUGCCGGCCCUGCCACCCUCCCGGAAAAGGUCCUCCUCCGUGCCCAAUCCGAGCUCUACAACUGGGGUGGAUCCGGCAUGAGCGUUAUGGAAAUGAGCCACCGCGGCAAGGAGUUUCUCUCCAUAAUCCAAAAGGCCGAAUCGGAUCUCCGCACCCUCCUCCAGAUCCCGCCGGAGUAUUCCGUCCUCUUCCUCCAGGGCGGCGCCACAACCCAAUUCGCAGCCGUGCCUCUCAACCUCUGCUCCCCUGACGACGCCGUCGACUACAUCGUCACUGGCUCCUGGAGCGACAAGGCGGCCAAGGAGGCGCAGAAGUACUGCAAACCCAACGUGAUCUGGUCUGGGAAAUCCGAAAAGUACACAAAGGUUCCGUCUUUUGGCGAUUUGCAGCAGAAUCGGGGUUCCAGGUAUUUGCAUAUUUGUGCCAAUGAGACUAUUCACGGGGUUGAGUACAAGGAGUACCCUGUUCCUCAGAGUGGUGUUUUGGUUGCUGAUAUGUCAUCAAAUUUCUGCUCGAAGCCUGUGGAUAAGUGA